AUGUGUCGACCAAUCCAAUUCAUUUGUACAUUGAUCGAUCAACAAACAAGCGUCUCUGCAUUCAAUGAAGCAUCUCGUUGGUAUCUAGUUCAAUGUCUUCGAGUUUUUCAAUGGCGUGUUCCAUCUAUUUGGCAUUUGAUUCAUGAAAAAGCGAAAGAACUACUCGAUCAUCCAUCGAAAUGGAUACGAGAACGUAUUGCUACUGUAUUGUCGAUAUCAUUUGGACUCAAUAUGACAUUAUUUGAUGGUAAAUCAACACGCCAUCCCAAUGCCAAUCAAUUUAUCGAUAUGAUACGUGAACGAUUGCAUCAAGCCAUUGAAAUCUAUCAAAAGAAACCACUUAUCAAUAUUUCCGGCUCAAAUAUUGAACUCGAUGUUGAAGCUCGUCAAGCAUUGAAUCUAAUCGAAACAGUGAUUGAUAUACAUUCAAAUUUAUUUAUACGAAGUCACCAACCAAUUAAGGAAGGCAUUAUUCGUUUAUUUCCAUAUCUUUGCCAAAUUGAAAGUAUUGUUACCAAUGAUGACGACUUUAAAAAACGUUUAGCAUUUUAUCGUAUGCAUGUCGGUAUGGCCUAUUUAAAUGCACAUCUAUUAGAAACACUUAUUCAACAAUUGGAACACGUUUGUACGGCUGAAAAGUGGCAUGCACGUCGAGGAGCUAUUGAAUUCGUUCAAAAUAUGGUCUUUUGUAACUUAUUCAAUGUUCGAUGUCAUGCUAAGCGAUUGCACGAACUUGUAUUCAAAUCUUUGUUUGAUGAACAACUAGAAGUACGAUUAAUUGCAUCGAAAACCUUGUCAGGUAUUUUGGGUCUUUGUUCUAUUGUUCUUUCGAGUCCAUAUAAUGUUCCGAGUUAUGUACCAGAUGCCUUAAUGGCUCUGUGCAAACAUUCACAUGAUCCUCAUUUAAUUCAAAAAUCGAUCAAAGAAUGUAUGUCUGAAUUUCGUCGCACACAUUAUGAUUCUUGGCAUGAACAUCGAACAAAAUUUACUGAUGAACAACUUGAAAUUUUAGCCGACGUUCUCGUUUCACACGGUUAUUACACUUAA